AUGGCGGCGGCCGCCACCGCCGCCAGCCCUGGCAGUCCCGCCGCCGGGCCCCUGCCGCCGCCGGCGGAGCCCUGCCCCAGGAAAGCGCCGCAGCCGCCGCCGCCGCAGCCGCCGCCGCCGGCGCGCAGCGACCCCCGCCGCAGGCAGGCCGCGCUCUCCUUCCUCACCAGCAUCUCCCUCGACGGGCGGCCCCCGCCGCCGGGCAGCGACGGCCCCGCCGCCCGGCCCCGCCAGGCGCAGCCGCCGCCGCGGCUGGAGCCCCCGGCGGCGCCCGCCGAGCCCCCGGAGGAGGAGGAAGACGAGGAGGAGGAGGAGGACGCCUUCGCCGCGGUGCAGGUGCCGCCCGCCGUCUUCCUGGGCGCCGCGGCGGUGGGGAGCCGCGGCCGCCUCAACUCCUUCACGGCGGGGGUGCUGCCGGCGCCCUUCGGCCGCACCAGCCCCCAGGGCAGCAUCGGCGGCAGCGGAGAGCUGGGGCAGCCCGGCCCCGCCGCCGCCUUCGAGCUGCAGCGGUCCCGACGUCGGCUGAUCUCCCAGCGAUCUUCUCUGGAGACUCUGGAGGACAUCGAGGAAAAUGCCCCACUGCGGAGAUGUCGGACACUCUCAGGAUCACCCAGACCAAAGAACUUUAAGAAGGUUCAUUUUAUCAAGAACAUGCGGCAGCACGAUACCAGAAACGGCAGAAUAGUCCUUAUCAGCAGCAGAAGAUCCUUCUGUAGCAUAUUUUCAGUGCUGCCAUAUCGAGACUGUACCCAAGUCGGGGACAUGAAGCUGGAUGGUGGACGCCAGUGCCAUUCUACUGGAGUGUGUCUGAAAGAAAUAAUUGGUCUUGAAGGUGUGGAGCUCGGAGCAGAUGGGAAGACGGUUUCUUAUACACAGUUCCUGUUUCCCACCAAUGCUCUGGGAACUCGGAGGAACACAAUAGACUCCACCUCAUCUUUCUCCCAAUUUCGCAAUGCAAGCCAUCGUAGCCUUUCUUUGGGAAGGGCUAACAGCACCCAGGGGAGCAUUGAUGCAGGUAGCGACCUGGGAGACUUUGUUGAAUACGACCCAAAUCUUUUAGAUGAUCCCCAGUGGCCAUGUGGCAAACAUAAGCGGGUUUUAAUAUUUCCUUCAUAUAUGACCACGGUCAUAGACUAUGUGAAGCCAUCAGAUCUCAAGAAGGACAUGAAUGAGACCUUUAAGGAGAAGUUCCCUCACAUCAAGCUAACCCUCAGUAAAAUAAGAAGCUUGAAGAGAGAAAUGCGCAAGCUUGCUCAAGAAGAAUGUGGUUUUGAAGAGCCCACAGUGGCCAUGGCCUUUGUCUACUUUGAGAAGCUCGCUCUCAAGGGGAAGCUGAACAAGCAGAAUAGAAAGCUUUGUGCUGGAGCUUGUGUUCUUUUAGCUGCCAAAAUUGGCAGUGACCUCAGAAAACAUGAAGUCAAGCAUCUUAUAGAUAAACUGGAAGAGAAGUUCCGGCUGAACAGGCGAGAGCUGAUCGCCUUCGAGUUCCCGGUGCUGGUGGCCUUGGAGUUUGCUCUGCACCUGCCCGAGCACGAGGUGAUGCCGCACUACAGACGCCUGGUGCAGAACUCCUAGCGCUGGCUGCCGGUGGGGAAGGGGCUCCCGACUGUUCCCGCUUGGCUCUCCCAAGCCACAGUUACUACUGGAAAUGCAAAAUCAGACUCCUAACACUUCACUCUCUCUCCCCUCCCCCACAAAACAGUUUCUCUGGCUACAGGAAAUACUGCAUCGACUCUUGGCUUUGAUGAAUUUAUGUAUCGUUACUUUCUCAAAGCAGGUGAAGACUGAGCUGUUGGUGAAUGGUUCACGUGCUGAAACUGGGUGGCGACUGGCCCUACCUGUAGGGACUACAGCUAUAAAAGUAGGCAAAAAUUAGAAGGGCAGCCUCCAUGACCACCCCUCUCUCCAUCACACAAACCCUGGAAGCCCACUGAGUGCAUUCUCGUAGCGCUUUUUCUACAGACCUGCUGCAAACUCCAAGAGAACUUCUUGAAGUGAAAAAGCUUUUAAAGAAGAUAUCUUCACUGUGUCAAAAAGAAUGUGCCAAUCUAUUUUUGUAUCAGCAAUUGAAAGUGCACUUUUUCCUGUGGGGUAUUUGUGUGUGUAUCCGUGUGUGUGUGUGUGUGUGUGUGUGUGCGACACCGAACUGAUCUCAGUCCAGGUGGUUGUCUUAGCUGUUUCCAAGUGUAUCAGUUACUGAUGGUGAAGAUCAAGGUGACCUUACACGUUUACUCCUUGAAAAAUGUAACUACUGGAAAAGUGGUAAAUGGGAUCAUUUUUGGACACUUGGGUUUUUUUAUUCUCUGAUCUUUCCAACAUUGUACCUUUGAAAGGAUUACACUACUACUACUACUGCGAGAGAAGGAUCAGCAAUUGACCUUAAGUUUUCAGUCAUGUUUGUGGUAAAGAUGAAAGCAUUAGUAUAAGAUUUCCGUGUCAUGUUUUUUAAAAAUAUCUUGUGUUAAGCCACAUGCAUAUUUUUAACCUUCGCACUUUUCCCACUGUGGAGAUGGUUAGACUUGCACUCUGUAGUGUUGUAUUUCUGUGCUCUAUGUUAGAGUGCGUAAUAAGCACAUUUAUUGUGCUUUAUCUUAAAACAGUGUUUUAUUAAAAAAAAAGUGUAGGGCUCAGCAGUUAACGGGUGUCUUAAGGCUCCAACAGCAGGGGCAUCAGCCAUUAUACUUUUGGGAUUUUAAUUAGGAUUGACUGUGCAAAACCUAAAAUCUGUGCCCAUUGAGAUUCAGUUCCUUUAGACACUGCAGUGCUGGAGUUUUAUGGUAGAACUUCUUGCAGCCUCCCUGGUUCUGACUGGACACCCAGAAAGCUUGAAGGCUUUAUCCAAGCUCCUGAUGUUAUAUCCACACUAAGCUAAUGCCAUGCUGAUGGAUAUUGUUGAGUUGCUGUUAUCAUGUGGGAUUCCACCCCUGUCCAAUCUUCUCCUGUGCUGGUUCACUUAACAAGCCUUGUCCUCAACAUGCCCCACAUGGAUCUGCUAAAGUCAAGUUAUUACAUUUGUGGUAAUUAUAAAACAAAUAAUCUCAACUGUGAGAUUUCAGCU